GCAAGGGUGACGUCACAUGUAGUAGCCAAUGGGCGUAGAGCUCAGGGAAACGCUAUUUGCUGCUGUGGAGUUUGAAUUUUCAACGAGAAAAACCCAAACAGUUCGUAUGUGAUAGGAAGCGUCGCGCCCAAAUCAGGUUAUAAACCAUGAGCUGGGCGGUGGAGGAGUGGAAGGAUGGACUUCCAGGCAAAGCUCUGCAGAAGAUCCAGGAGAUGGAAGUCCAGUUAGACAAACUGAAGAAGGACAGGAACCAGAAACAGUUUCAGCUGGACUCCUUAGAGGCCGCCCGGCAGAAACAGAAACAAAAGGCGGACAGUGAUCGUACUGAGACCGCUGCUUUGAAAAGAGAGAGCCAGUCCUUGGUAGAGUCCUGUGACUCUCUGGAGAAAGCCCGUCAAAAGGCUGUUCACGAUCUUGGAGUCAAAGAACAGCAGGUGUGCUAUCUGGAUGGUCAGCUUAAUUCCUGUAGGAAGACCAUAGAGCGACUGGAGCAGGAGCUGAAAAAGUACAAAAGUGAACUGGAUCGUUCGCAGUCUGCAGGCUCUUCCUCCUUGUCAUCCUCCUCCUCUGAGCUGCAGCCCUACACUACUCCACAGAAAACGUUCUCUACCCCAGCCUCUGUCCCAGCCUGCAGACAGCAGGAUAAUAGACUAGAUGAGCUUCAGGAGAAAUACAACCAGGAGGUAGAAGGAAGGAAAAGGCUGGAGACUGAGCUCAAAGUCCUGCAGGUCAAGCUGUUGAAUCACUCCUCUGUGACUGUAAGCCACAAAGACAUCGCUGCCCGCCAAGCUGGAUCUUCCAUUUUCCCAUGGCAGCCACCAGAUCAAGCCCACGGUCGCCAGUCUCAAGAUGCAAUGGAAACACCUCUGAAGAGGCGGGGAACGUCCCUGUGGGAAUCCCAUGAGGAGACGCCUAUUAAAAGCAGCCAACGGAUGAGCUCUUCUAGAGCGGCGCAGAGUCCCUGUGGCUCCUCCCAUCAGAUGGACCAGCUGAAGUCCAUCAACCAAGAGCUACGUGGCCGUGUGUUGGAGCUGGAAAAGAGUCUGUCCACUCAGGAGAAGGAAAUUUGUGGCCACGCCUCCAGGCUUCAGGACCUACAAACUCAGCUGAACCAGGCCCGCAAAGAGCUGACUGAACGGGACAGAGACCUGGCCAAGACCACCCACGAGCUGAGCCAGGUCACAAACGAACAGCAGCAGGCUGUGGCUAAGUGUUCAUCAGUGGAGCAGAAGCUAAAGCAAGUCUCGGAGGAGAUGAGCUGUCAGAGGCACAACGCUGAGAGCUGCAAACGAGCUCUGGAGCAAAAACUAAAGGACCAAGAGAGAAAUAGUCAAAAGGAGCUAGCCCAGCUGCAGACUUCUCUCCAGGCUUUGGAACAGCAGCUGAACCAGACCAGAACCAAGCUGACCCAAGAGACUCAACAGUCCAAAAAAGACCACAAUGUACUGCAGAUGGAUAUGGAGAAGAUGUGCAUCCAGAAGAGUCAGAUGGAAAAGGAGGUAGAGGAGCAGAAACGGAAGCUGUUGAGGUCAGAGCAGAGCCUACAAGCCAGCCAGACCAAAGAGCAGGACCUCCGCAAGAAAAUGGAGGAGAUGCAGAAAGAAAAGAAUAUCGUGUCUGUCCAGCUGGACCAGAGUAGCAGGCGUCUGAUUCAGCUGGAGGAUGAGAAGAAGAAUGCAGACCAGAGCUUGAAACGCACCCAGGGAUUACUGGAUGACCGUAAAGCUAAAUCAGAAGGACAGGCCGAUGAGCUGAAGAGACUUCAGACUAAACUGGAGCAGCAAACUCGGGCUUCGUCCCAGGAGCUGGAGAACUUGAAGAAGACCGUUUCUGAUGCCCAGGCCACUAAUGACAGAUACCAGAGUGAACUGCAGAAGCUGAAGCAAGAUCUAGAAAAUCUGACGAACAGGUUGACGGUGAAGGAGAACGAGAGCCAAGAGCUGAAAUCCAGUCUCACUGCGAGUCAGGCUGAGAGUAAGACACUGAAACAGGAACAUCAAGCUCUGCUGGAGUGGAAGAAAGAAAAGGAGACCCUGAUUAAUGAAACUGAGGCUGUGCAAAAACAACUCACUGACAAAAUUGGCCACUUGGAGAACAGCCUCGUCUCUCUGAAUGAGGCUAAUGAUAACGUAACGAAGCAGCUCUUGAGCAUAGAGGGAGACAAGGCCAGCAUGUCUGCCCACAUUGAUUCAUUGAAGGGUGAACUUCUCAACAAGAGCACAGACCUGGAAGAGAGGGAGCAUCAGUACAACGAGCUCCAGUCUAAAUUCUCUGAGGCCGGACAGAAGAACAUUAAAGACCUGGAGAAUGUUGCUGUGCAAGUGGCUCAGCUCGAAGCACAGGUCAAAGGUCUGGAGUUGCAGUUGCAAAAGGAAAUGACCCGAGCAGAGCAGGCUGAGAGAACCAACGUUGAGCUGCAGGACGAGCACCAGGCUGCCUGCGACCUGGUGCACUCCAAAGACCAGCUCAUCGAGUUGGGCCAAGCAGAGACCAGCCAGCUGAGAGAGAGCCUCGCUCAAGCAACUGCACAGCAGGAGGAGCAAACUGCCAGGUUGUCAGAGGAGAAGGCUGCCCUGCUGAUGCAGUAUGAGGAGAGCGUUUCAGCAAAGGUUCAAGAGAAUGAGCAGCUGAUGCUUCAGUUGGAUGAGAUUAAGCAAGAGCUGCUGCUCUCCAAAAACCAGGUCAGUUCAGUGGAUCAGUUCCUAAAGGUCCAGGAGCAACUGGGAGCUGAGCUGCAGAAACAAAUAAAGACGCUGUCAGACAAUGAAGAGGAACACAAAAAGUUGCAUGAUCAGAAAACAGAAGAGCUUAAACAGUUGAAGGACGAACUGAAGGAUCUGCAGAGCCACACUGAAGAGCAGGAGAAGCAGUUCAGAGAGGCCAAGGCUCACAUUUUGUCCCUGGAGAAACAAAAGGAUGAGCUAGAAAAGGCCGUUCUAGAGACACAGCAAGAGGCGAAGAACUUACAGCAAGCUCACACUGAGAACAUAAACAACCUUCUGGAGCAAAUAUCUUCAUUGGAAGAGAAGGUAACAGCAAGCAGAGACGCUGCAGAGAAGCUUCCAGUCUUGGAGCAUGAACUGGCCCUGGUCAACCAGUCCAACGCUGACCUUAAUAAGCACCUAGAAGCUCUUGAGAAGAGUCACUCCUCCACUAUUGAAAUCAAGAGCAAUUUGGAGAACACCCUUACUGAGAAGGUUAAUCUGGUCUUAACACUGGAGAAAGAAGUCUGUGAGCUCACAGAGAAGACGAACAAAGAAAAAGAGAGUCACGCUUUGGAUGUUGAAAAUCUCCUUAACAAAGAGAAGAUCCUCAAAGAGAAGCUUGAAGCCGCCAGGAAAUCUGUGACUGCUGCUAAAACAGAAUUAAGUUCUCGACGGGAAGAGAUCAAGACCAUGAAGACGACUCUGUCGGCAGCAUCCUGCGGCUUAGAAGAGAGAGACAAGACGAUAAAGAGCCUGAAGGAGAAGCUGAAUAAAGCCGAGGCAGAGCAGGCCAAAACGUCAGAGCUUCUGAAGGAGAAGAUGGUUUCCAUGAACAAAAUCAAGGUACAACUGGAGAUGCUGCAAAUGGACCUGGAGGACAAUGAGACGGUCAUGAACUCGUUUGACGGUCAGUUGGAGGAUCUGAAGGGAACCGUAGCGUCACUGGAGGCUCAGCUAGCUCACAACCAAUCUCAGAUGUCUGACAUGGAGGCCAGGCUGGAGGACAGCAAAGCCCAGGUCUCUGUCUUGGAAACCCGGUUAGAGGAGGUCCAAUCUCAGAACUCCGUGCUGGAGACACAGUAUGUUACAGCUAAGGAGGAGCUGAUGGAGAGGAGCUGGGAACUAACCCGUUUGGAAGAAGACACAUUCAAACAAAAACAGCUUGAGGAGAAUGUUGCUACUUUAGAGUCUAAACUCAGCCAGACUGCAGAGGAAAACAUCAGGUUAGAGAAAACUCUCCGCCAAGCAAUGGAGGACAAAGACAAUAGUCUUAACCAGUUCCAACAGGAGAAGAACCACCUAGAGACUACUUUGAAACAGUUAAGAGAUGAAAAGGAGCAAAUAGAAACUGAGGUGAUUCAUACCAAUGCAGAGAAAGCGCAGCUGGAAGCCAGUUUGGAUAAGCUGUCUGAGGAGAACCGACAUCUGCAGGCCGACAUUCAGCAGCUAACCGAAGAAAAGCAGAAGAUGGAUCAAAUGAACGUUGAGAAACGGGAAGCGGAAUCGACCCUCAGACAAGUCAUGGAGAAGAAAGCCCAACUAGAUAUGACCCUUAAUCUGAUUAAUGAGGAAAAACUCCAGCUUGAGGCGAAACUAACGGAGCUAAUCUCAGAGAAAAAUAAGUCUGUAACUAACUUGAAUCAAGUAGUUGAGGAAAAGCUGCAGCUGCAGGGUGACUGUAACGAGCUGACGGAAGAGAACAUCAAACUACAAUCUAGUGUGAAUCAAGCGACUGAGGAGAAGCUGCAGUUACUAGAAAGAAUAGAAAGGCUUGAAGAAGAGGUAGCUUCACUUAAAGAGCAACUCGAGAAGAGGGACCGGAGGACUGAGGAGGACAGAAAGAGGAUCCAACACUUUGAGGCGGAGCUGGCCGAGCUGCACCAGAAGCUGGCGGGCUUGCAGAAGGAGCUGAGUGCGUUUGAGCUGCAGUAUGACUCCCUGCUGGAGCAGGUGGCCCAACAACAAAGCGUCAUACAGCAGCUCUCCGACUCACGGGAAACCCAGAAGGAGCCAGGAGAAAAAAUCAGCUGCAUGGAGACGGAGGAGACUAAUGCUGCAGAACAGGCUGAUGUGGAGCCAAUUCCGAAUACGAGCACCGAUGCAGAAUCCCUCCCAGUGAAGGAGCAGCUGAGCCCAAUGUUAGCUGAACUAGGGGAAGUCGCACAACAGUCCAGUGAGGCUUUCAGUGAGACAAAGCUGGUCUUCGAGGAGGACUUUGUUGAACAGGAGAUGAUCCAACAACUAGAGGAGGAAAGGGAGGCUUGUGUGGCCGAUAAGAGUGUUAACAAGGAGCAACAUCUACAGCAACCCUUGGAUCAGCCUUCAGAAGACAGCAGCAGUACUGGAGAUGUUCUUGGAAGUAACUCUGAAAUAUGCGAUAUUUCGCUCCCAUCUUCCCUUGCUGGGGAGACCAUCCGUCUGUCAGCAGCAGAGCCCUCCGAGGAACACAAUGACCUCAACCAUGAUGAAAUGAUCCCAAAACAAGAACUCCAGGCCCUCCGCUCAGAGUACGAGCUGCUUAGUUCCAACCUCGCACUGAGAAUGGAGUUGACUUCUGAGCUAGAAGUCCAAGUUCAAAACUUAGAAAGCAGAGUUCAGGCAGCAGAGGAGGAGGCACAGGGUGCCGCACAUAAGCUGAAGAUCGCUUUGGAGGAGAGGAAUGUCAACGCCGACCAGAUGGCUCAACUGUCAGAGGAGAGGGACACUUUAGGUCUGCAGCUCCAAACAACCAAAUUCCAGCUGGACGAUGUUAUGGAGAUGCUGGAAGGACUAGAAAUGGCCAAAGGUGGAUGGGACGAGAAAUUCCUUCAGCAGGAGAGUGAGCUGAAGAGAGUUCGCUCUGAGAAAGCCAACCUGGAGCAGCACAUCCUGGGCAUGGAGUCUGAGCUGGAGACCUUACAGGGGGAGAAGAGCAAACUGGGGAGUGCGAUGGAGACCCAGAGAAAGGCUUGUUCCAGCAUGGAGCAGCAGAUAGAAACCCUUAGAACAGAGACAACCCAGCUGAGGUCUGAACUUGUGCUGUGCACUGAGGAGAGAGAUGAACUGAACCAGUCUUUGGGCCAGUCGAGAGAGAAAGUUCACAGUCUGGAGAAGAGCAACUGUGACACCAGAAACCUGAUUUCCAUCCUGGAGGACGACAUCAGAGCGGAUAAGAAGGAGUAUGACUCCCUGCAAAGCAGCAUGCAGGAACUGAAGAUAGAGAGGCAACAGCUGUUGGAACAGAUUAAAGUUCUGCAACAGACGAUGUCCCAACAAAGUGGAGAAAGACGGGAGCUUAUCAGCCAGCUGGACAAGGUCACAAUAGACCACACCUCGGCCAAUCAAAACACUGAGUCCAUGGUUGGCAAGAUACAGGCUUUAGAGGGAGAAGUAUGCCGUCUCUCACAGUCUCUGGAGUCUUCUCUACUUGAAAAGGGAGAGAUCGCCUCUCGUCUAAACUCGACACAAGAAGAGAUCCAGCAGAUGAGGACUGGUAUAGAAAAGCUGCAGGUCCGCAUCGAGUCGGACGAGAGGAAGAAAAAGAAGAUGGGCGAGCUCCUCAAAGCUGCCCAGAGGAAGUCCGACUCAUUGCAUGAUCGCAUCGAGGCCCUGGAGCGAGAGAAGGAAGACCAAGAGCAAAGUCUAGAAGAAGCUGUGUUACAGGCCGAAACAGCCAAAGCUGAGCUGGAGGAGGAAAAGAGAAAGGUGGAGGAGGAGAAGAGACAGCUCCGCGAGAAACUAUCAGAGCUCUCUGCCAAGCUGGAAAACCUUCGGUCUGAGAAAGACCAGAUGGAGAGAGAGCUGGAACCAAAGAACCGAGAGAUCGAGGACCUGAAGGCCGCUAAGGAGGACCUGGAAAGGGGGUUGGAGAGGGCCGAGGUGGACAGACGGGAGGAAGAGGAAAGACAGAAACACAGGGUGGAAGAGCUGACGAAAGGAAUGAGAGAGGAAGCGGAAAGGCUUACGAGUCAAAUGGAUGACCUGCGGUCACAGCUGUUGGCCUCUCAGCAGACCGAGAUCUGCCUUGAAGAAAAGCGAGCCGAGGCGGAGGGGGAGAAAGAGAAAAUACAAAACCUGCUGGUGAAGAUGGAGAAAGAAAAGACGUCUCUGCAGUCUUCUCUGGAGGAGUACGAGACGGAGGGCGAGAGGCUCCGCUCUGAGGGAGAACAGUGGGAGAAAGAGAGAGAAACUUUGAGGGCAAGAAUUGGGUCUUUGGAGGAAGAAAUGAAGGAGCUUGAAACACUCAUGAAAGCUAAAGAAGAAGAGCGAGAUGUGUUGGAGAAGGAGGCUCAUCAGAGGCAGGCCUCAUUACAAUCCAUCUCGUCCAUCAUGGUGGAAAAGGAACAGAUGGAAGAAGAAAAUACCCGACUGGCAGAGGAGAAAGAGCAACUGCGCUCGACCCUGUUUUCAGUAGAACAGGAGAGAGAAGAUCUGCGCUGCACUUUGUCGUCUGUUGAAGAAGAGCGAGAGAGACUGGAGCGCGAGAGGGGGGCGUUAGCCCACGAGAAGGAGGAGCUUCAGUCCAGUCUCUCCUUGGUAGAAGAGGCGAAAUGUAACCUGCACCAGACUCUUUCUUCAUUGGAGGAAGAGAAGAAAAGAAUAGAGGAGCAGAAAGGGGUGUUGGAGGCUGAAAAACAAGAGAUGCAGUCUUCCCUUUGUAAGAGUGAAGCGGAGAAAGAGAAACUAUCAUCAGCUCUUUCUUCACUGGAACGAGAGAAGCAACACGCCGAAGUAGAGAAAGAGAAACUUACAGAAGCCCAGGAGGCUCUUCGGUCUACAGUUGCUGCUUUAGAAAAGGAGUUGGAAACAUCCAAAUCGUCUUCUCGACAUCUCAGCGAGCAGGUGUCGAAGCUAACAUCUCAGGUCGCCCGGCUGUCUAAGGAGAGGGACUCUGCGCUAAGCAAGAUGGGUCUCUGGAUGAAGACCUGCAAACAGGUGGAGCAGGAGAAGCAAGCGCUGUUGGACAGCCCAGGUGAAGGAAAGCGCAGUGAGGCGAUGCAGACUGAGGGGAACCAGCUGAAGAUGGAGGCAGAGAAGAGGAAGAAGGAAAUGGAAGACCUGACCACUGCCCUGCAGGAAAAGCAGGUGGAGGCAGAAGCCAAAGAGAAAGUGGUGGAGGAACUUAAGUUUGCCCUCGAUGGGAAGAAGAAGGAGUUGGAAGAGAGAAACUCCGAGUUGGGGCUGAUGAAGAGCGAGUUGGAUGAACUGAAUAAACAGCUGGAGGAGAAAAGCAAGGAGUCGGAUGACAGCAUUGACAAAUACUGCGGCUUGAUGGUUAAAGUCCACAAGCUGGAAGAGUCCAAUGAUGCGCUGACAACCCGGCUGGAGCAGCUCACCGCUACCCAGCGCGCUAACAAAGCCAAUGUCCCGCCCAGCAGCACUGACGAUACUCGCCGCCUGCGGCGCUCAGGCCGGAAGUCUUCCUCCAACGCAGAGAACACUGCUCCUUCCACACCUCAGAGGUCUCCUCAGAGUUCGUCUUCAGGGAAAAGGGCUCACCGGGACAUCAGUAAUAAAGACAGUGCCCAGGAGGCCCUGCUCAACCUGACUAAGAAGAUCAAAGCCACCACAGUCUGUACACCCCAACCGAGAAGAGAGCACAACGACGAGGAGUUCAAACCAGAGGGACUCCCCGAGCUGGUGCAGAGAGGUUUUGCUGACAUUCCUCUGGGGGAGGCCAGUCCAUUCAUUGUGAGAAGAACCACAGUGAAGCGCUGCAGUCCUCGACUGGCUGCCCGACAGACUGCUCCCACAUCUGGAUCUGACGGCAAUACUUUGGGAUCAGUACCUUUCCAGAGUCCUUUGGCAGAGAGCUCCAGCAGGAAGUGUGUCUCCCCGAGCGAGGAAGGGAAACUUGCACAUAGUUUUCUCCAGAGACCGGAGCAGGCCGAUGGAGAACAAGAAGGCAACUGUCAAGUCCAGUAGAUCGAUGGAUACGAUGUACAUACACAUGCACAUUCAAAGAUACACAACGCAUGGAUACUUUUUCUGAGGACACUUUUUUUAUUUUCUAAGUAACACUUUUCUUUUUGGGGAGGAGACGGGAGUGUGUAGGUGUGUGUCGAUGUCUUGGUUAUUUUUCCUGUUUGUAAUUUUCUUUCAGGACUUCAAAAGACAUCCCUAGAAUUUAAUUGUCUAACUUAAAUCGGCAAUAUAUUUUUCAAACCACUUUCUUUAUUGUGCACUCCGUUUUCAUGCGUCUUUCAUCAAAGCCGUCUUUGAAAUGUCAGAGGUGUUGUACAAUCAACAAGAGCCUAAUUGUUUGUUUACAUGCGGAGGGAUCGUAAAACCAUCUUUGUUUGUUCCUUUGUCUGUGUAACGGAUCGACUGGUUGUACUUGUUUCCUUUGCUCUGUGUUUGUGAUGUCCUGCCUUUUGUACGCGGUAGAUGAUGUACGUCAGCUACGCGUCCUGCACCUCUCAGCCUUGUAACUUAUAUAGUGGCAGCUACCAGUUUGUAGAAUUUUUUAAAAAUGUAUAUUUUUCUUUUUAAAUAUUUUAAACCUUUUCUGCCUUAUCUUUUUUUUUUUUUAAUUGAAUGCAAGUUUGCAUUUUUUAUGUAGGUGUAGUUAAAUGUUAUUGAUCCUUGUACAUUGUUAAUUGCCCCUUUUCUAUAUACUAAAACGUAACAGCUUUAAA